UUUGGGCCUUCUUCAGCCACYCUUCACCUGGAGGGAGCGUGCGGACAGGUGRAAGGCAUGGAGCCUCACACGUUCCCGAUGCUCCGCGAUCUCACCACCGAUGAUAUCGUUGCUGUCUGGGGUGGUGUGUCGAAUUACAUUUUCCGUGAACUUAUUCUGGACAAGGCGGUACGAAUGGAAAUCGGGACGUUCUACCUGCUUAACCAGGACAUCUGUAUGAAAGACCGUGACCCUCUGACUGUUCAGCAGCCUGUCUUUGUCCUCUCAGCCUCUUAUGCUCGACCAUUAGGGCUCAGACCYGUCUGYGAGGACAUCUCUGAUCUUUUCCAAACGGUUCCUCUCAACCCUACUCUGAUAAGCUUGGAGACCCGCUACCCRCAGCACAAAGUGGAAGCCUGUAUCCGAGAGACCCUGCGCAUCUUCUCUCGGGUCUUGGCAGACGGGAAGGAUGCGGAUUUGGUUUUCAAGAACAUUGGCGUUCUGGUUAUCAGAGAAAGGAGAGCAAAAAUGAGGUUUUACGAGGACUUCCUUCGCACCAUAGACAGGACUGGAUACCUGCUGGAAUAUCUGCUCUCU